AACAAAUUUGAGAAUCCCAUUCAAAAAACCUGAUAAAGGUUUCACAGAUUUUAGCACUUGACUAAUCAUAUAUACACAUAUAUACCAAAAUGGAUCAAAGUAAGGAGCCAGAAAGAAAAGAAGAUCAGUCUUCCGAGGAAGAAGAUGGCAAGGAGCUCGACUAUGCUCAAUUGACGCUAUACGAUGUGAUGCGCAUAGAGAACUGCAAGGCGAACCGAUUUCUGAAGAAAGAAACGUAUCCCAAUAUAAGACCGCCAAUAUCACGAUGCUCGAAUGAAAAAUCGGGAAACUUCUUGUCGGAGGCUAUUGUCGAUAUGGGCUGCAGGGUACCCUUUGGCAAGGAUAAGAGAUUUGACACCAUUGAGAUAUGGAGGCAAGCUCCGAACAAAGAUUCGCUCAGUUUUUAUGGCAUGGGAUCGAAAGUCAAUCUGCCAGAGGCAGUCGAGUAUAGACGAGCUCUCACCAGUUCCCUCAAUUUGGUCAACGGCAUCGAUCCAAAGGCCAAGAAGUCAAAAAAACCAAAGAAACCGGAAAAGGUGCCCAAGCCUAAGGGAGCCUAUGUACUCAACCGUAAUAUCUUGCACUGUGCCAUCAAUAAGAUGCCGACGGUGCUCAAGAAGACGCACGCCAAGAAUUCUCAUAGAAUACUUUAUUGUCCAGAGGAUGAGUACGAAGAUGAUUUCGGCGACUACGAACCCUAUAUUCCCCUGCAGGUGGCCCUCGACAUGGAGAAGCCACCCAAAAAGCCAAAGCACGGCCUCCGACGCAAUCACCAGUACUGCGAUGUGCAGUGUGGUCUGCCGGAUAACAUGUGCACGUACUACCAAUGGAUGAAGUACAAGGAAGAUACGUUGCCGUACGAUGUGGAAUUCGACCUGGAGACGGAGCUAGAGGAGGCGAUGGCCGAAGAGCAAGAUGACGAGCCGAGAACAUUUGAAGAGCUCUAUUCAAAUCUGGUGUCCUGCUUUGAGAAGAAUAAAGAUGAAAUUCCGCCGUGCACCAUCUACGGCAAAUGCUGCAGAAGACCCUCGGAGCGCGUAGUAAUUCAAGGUUGCGGCGAAGAUAAGAUCUUUGGCCCACACGAAUGCGAAUGUAACUGUGAUGACAGCUAAUAUAUAAUGAUAUAUCAAAUCUAUUAUAUACUCACUUUUGGCUUUUUGGCAUACUGUCCCGUGCGCAC